GUGCCGCGCCAAAGUGUGUUUAUCAGGAAACAAACUGUAUCAACAUGUCGUGGGUUUGUCGGAUGGAGUUCUGCUUGAUCCUGGAUCGUCCUAGGAAGUGUUCCCCGGUGUGGAAUAAUUUUGAUCUCGUGACGCCAUACAAGGUAAAUCGUUUUCUCCUUUAUAUACUAUUUUUUACGGUGGCGCAUUGCACUCACUUUAUCAGUUUAUCAAGUGAAUGACCCGUGAUACAUAUGAUAGUCAGUUAGAGAGCCUUACAGUUGCUUUAUUCAUGUUAUCAUGUAAUUAUGAGAUCCUUAUCCCUAAUCAUGAGAUAGGGUGUUUAUUUUUUUUAACAAGUGAAUGCAAUGUUCUGGUAAAAGGUUUGAAUUGUUUUCAGAUAAAUAAACUUUUUGUGUUAUUGUAGGUGAAGUGUCGGCUCUGCUCCACAGAGCUAUCUUAUAUCAAUAAGAGCACUUCAUCAAUGCUGAGGCAUUAUAGAGCUACGCAUGGCUAUGAAGAAUUGGCAGAUACUCGUGAGAGUACCCCAGUUCCUAACAAGCAAGCAGUGGAUGAGGCAGUGGUCAAUAUGAUCAUCAAAGACUGUCAGCCACUCAGCUUUGUUGAAAAUGAGGGAUUCAGGGAGCUUCUGAAGCUUAUUUUACCCUCGUAUGCUCUACCAAGCAGGAAGACCAUCAAGGACUUGGUGAGCCAGAAAUAUGAGGAGGAAAAGGAGAAAACCAAAAAGGACCUCCAGAGUGCCGUUGCUGUUACUUUAACAGCUGAUAUGUGGACGUCUAUGAAUAUGGAGGCAUAUCUAGCCAUGAACUCCAUUCAUCAGUCUUGGCAGUGCAGCAUUUUCCUCAGAAACACACUGCAGAAAACAUUGCCACGGUUAAAAGGAGCCUCAUGGAGGAGUGGGGCAUAGCAGGAAAGGUCAGGUGUCUUGUCACUGAUGCAGCAGCAAACAUGACUGCAUGUGCUUGAAUGCUGCAAAUACGGCAUACCAUUUGUAUAGCCCAUUCCCUGAAUUUAACUGUGAGAAAAUCAUGUGAUCAAAUCCCAACAAUAACUGAAAUACGCAACAAAACACGACACAUUGUGACAUACUUUCGAUGGAGCAUGACUGCUAAAGAGAAGCUCACUCAAAUACAGCAACAGCUGGGAACACGGGGCCAUAAAUGAAUAAACGAGGUGCCAACACGACGGAACAGUACCUACAUGUUUGAAGGAAUGACUGAGCAGAAGGAGGCAGUCUGGGUGUCACUGGCCUCAUCAAAACCUGACAUCACUCCACUGACUCCAGAAGAAUGUCAGAUCAUUGAAGAGAUGCUCAGGGUUCUAGCUCCUUUUGACCAAGCUUCAAGAGGAAAAAAGGGUCUCUGGGUCGAAGGUCAUUCCCAUGAUGAGAAUGAUCCACAUUGAGCUCCAACGUCAGGCCACAACUGUAACAAAAAUAGCUGCUCAGCAACUGGCUGAAAACCUGAGGAAGCGGCUAACUAACCCUAUUUGCGGCAUGGAAUCUCUGUGUGAUGACUCUGGCAACUCUGUUAGAUCCCAGAUUUAAAAAGAAUGGAUUUGUUAGUCAGCAAAAGGCAAGUGAAGCGGUGAAGAGACUGCAGUCAGAAUGUGCAGAAGAAAUGAGGAGCCAAGAGAAGAAGAGCCUAGCUCUUCACAUGGGUCAGAACCCAGUUCAGGUAUGAAAAUACAUUUCAGUGGCACUUUGUGAUAUGAUAUAUCAUGUGAUAAUAAAGUAAUGAUUAACUAUUUUUUUAGGGCACAAUCUCUGGAAAACUUUAGAUCUGGAGGUUGCAGAGACCCAGAAGACGAGGAACGCAACAGCUGACUCCAUUAUUGAAGUCUAACGUUACCUGGCAGAAACAAACACACCCAGAAACCAAGAUCCUUUGCAAUAUUGGAAAUGGAACCAGGAAAUAUACCCACAUCUUUAUCAACUUGCACUUAAAACCCUCUGCUCACCAUCAUCGUCUGUACCAUGCG